AUGGAUUGCAAUUUUGAUAGACGUGGGUUAAAAAUCGAUAAUAUUACAAAAGUGUUAAUUGCCCUACGUUUCUAUGCAAGUGGAAAUGACCAAAGAGUCAAUGGAGACACAUUAGGAUAUUCACAAGCUUCGGUUUCUAUUGUAGUUAAAGAAGUAUCGGGAUUACAAGCUAAAUGUGGAAAAAAAUGGAUUCGAUUUCCAUCAAAUUUACAAGACACUAAGGAACAAUUUUAUUUAAUUGGUGAAUUUCCUGGUGUAAUUGGAGCUAUAGAUUGUACACAUGUCCCUAUUAAAAGUCCCGGAGGCAACAACGCAGAAAUGUAUUGA